AUGGGUUGUCGGAAAGCAUUUUUGCUUCUAUACUUUCUAUUUUUAGUCCAUAUCCACCACAACCACUCUUUUCACGCGAUCUCCGCUGCUCCAAACCAUGAAUCGAAGCCGGACGGUGAAGCUUUCAUUGGCAAAACCGCGGAAUUAUCUAUCGUUGUUAAAAAGGGUGGUGGAGGCGGCAGAGGCGGCGGAGGUGGUGGUGGACGUAGUUUUGGUGGAGGCGGACGCAGUUUCGGUGGAGGUGGAGGUGGAGGCCGCAAAGGUGGAAGAGGAGUGGUUCCGUUAGUUGGAGGUGGUGCUGCUGCUUCCCACCACCGUGGCAACCAUUCAAGCGGUGGUCGGGAAAGUGCUAGCGUUUGGUUUGGUUUAUUGACUUUACUCGGUUUGGUUUUGGGUUUUUAG